AGUUCAAUAGUUAUUUUGGUAAACGUCAAUGUUGUAAACUCAAACCUGGUGCCAACAUCUGGUAUUACUUUCCAUGAUGGUUGUCUGUACCCCCCCCCAGUCUGCCAGUAGAACGCUCAUAACGCGGUCUGAACACAAACAGUCAUGGACGAAGCUUUGAGUUUGACAAGACGACAGUAUGAAUUGUGUCUGCUAGUUUUGAGUAGUAGCCUUGUAUUUCAGUAGUGAGAAGUAGUGUCUAUGUUUGUUGUUGAAAUAGCUAUUCUUUCUGUUAGUAGUUUGUUGUCAUCAACAGGAAGGAGAAAGGUGCACCUAAAUACGAUUUGUUCAUGUUAUCACUAGGCCAAUGACGUGUUGAAUUCAAGGUUAAUUUGGCCUGUAUUCGAAUGUCAUGCUUUUAAUCACAUGGCUUCUUGAAUAACUCAUGAAACAAAUGUAGCGAAAUAUUAAGAACCCAUGUACAACUUACAUAGUUUGAUAUUUCAUGAAUUCCUCCUUCAGUUAGUAGGCAUUUCAAAAGAGAAUCAUUUGAUUUCUCGUUUCUGAAAGGGGUAGUAGCUACAUCUCAAAAGCAAAAUAGACAACUCGAAAGUAUAGGCAAAAUAUUCUGUAAAAGAGAAGACACUAGCAUCAAAAUCUAAUAAUGGGAGACCCAAUCUCGAGAAGAAACCAAACUAGGAAUCGACUCCGUGCUCAGAUUCAGAAGAAAAGGGAAUCCUUGGCUGACCAGUUUGACUUCAAGAUCUACAUAGCCUUUGUUUUCAAAGACAAAAAGAAGAAGUCUGCGCUGUUCGAGGUAGCUGAAGUGGUACCAGUGAUGACCAACAACUAUGAAGACAAUAUCCUGAAAGGUGUGCAGGCUUCCAGCUACUCCCUCCAGAGUUCCAUGGAACUUCUGCAGAAAGAUGUUGUGCAGUUGCACGCCCCACGCUACCAAUCAAUGCGCAGGGAUGUCAUAGGAUGCACCCAAGAGAUGGACUUCAUCCUGUGGCCGCGCAACGACAUAGAGAAGAUAGUCUGUCUCUUGUUCUCCAGAUGGAAGGGGGCUGAGAAUGAACCCUUCAGGCCUGUUCAGGCCAAGUUUGAGUUUCAUCAUGGAGACUACGAGAAGCAGUUGUUGCAUGCUGUCGGCCGGAGGGACAAGGCUGGAAUGGUUAUGAACAACCCAACUCAGUCGGUCUUCCUCUUUAUGGACCGACAGCUCUUACAGACUCCUAAAACCAAGGCCACCGUUUUUAAGUUGUGCAGCCUUUGCCUGUACCUGCCCCAGGACCAGCUAACGUGCUGGGGCGUUGGCGACAUCGAAGACCAUCUCCUCCCGUACAUGCCUGACUAGGGCCAGCCGGCCUCCAUGGCUUUCACCCACAACACAAGGAAGAUUGACCCACAAGCCACUGAAGCAAGUUGAUGUCUCUCUCUCAUCCACCACACAUCCUUCCUUUUGAAUAGAAUUGAACUGGUGCUUGGAUCUCCCUUUUUGUUUAAACCCUUGUUCAUUCAUUCAUUUCCGUCCUCCUGAAGCACAUUUGUUUUUCCUUACCAAGCUUCCUCCUCCGACCAGUUUCGGCUUGGUUUUCCCUUUUAUCCUCCAUCUUGUUUAUUUUGAACCUACACAAACAUUGAUUUUGAGUGGUUGGGUAUUCCCCCCCAUGGAGCUGCACUGUCAACAGACCAGUCCAGUGACUGAAGGAACUCUUUAUGUUGCUACCAAGCAGGAACAAAAGCCACGCAGGCUUUCAUGACGUUCAGUCUCUGCUGGACACAUUGUAACCCAGGUCAAAAAGAUUGUAAACGCUUCUGAUGAUGUGUUUUUAAAGAGGAAAAGAUGCCCAGGGGGGUUCUAGAACGACAUCUAUGAUGUGUUAUUAAAGAGGAAAAGAUGCCCAGGGGGGGUUCUAGAACAACAUCUAUGAUGUGUUAUUAAAGAGGAAAAGAUGCCCAGAGGGGGUUCUAGAACGACAUCUAUGAUGUGUUUUUAAAGAGGAAAAGAUGCCCAGAGGGGGUUCUAGAACGACAUCUAUGAUGUGUUUUUAAAGAGGAAAAGAUGCCCAGAGGGGGUUCUAGAACGACAUCUAUGAUGUGUUAUUAAAGAGGAAAAGAUGCCCAGGGGGUUCUAGAACGACAUCUAUGAUGUGUUUUUAAAGAGGAAAAGAUGCCCAGGGGGGUUCUAGAACGACAUCUAUGAUGUGUUAUUAAAGAGGAAAAGAUGCCCAGAGGGGGUUCUAGAACGACAUCUAUGAUGUGUUAUUAAAGAGGAAAAGAUGCCCAGAGGGGUUCUAGAACGACAUCUAUGAUGUGUUAUUAAAGAGGAAAAGAUGCCCAGAGGGGGUUCUAGAACGACAUCUAUGAUGUGUUUUUAAAGAGGAAAAGAUGCCCAGAGGGGGUUCUAGAACGACAUCUAUGAUGUGUUAUUAAAGAGGAAAAGAUGCCCAGAGGGGGUUCUAGAACGACAUCUAUGAUGUGUUAUUAAAGAGGAAAAGAUGCCCAGGGGGGUUCUAGAACGACAUCUAUGAUGUGUUUUUAAAGAGGAAAAGAUGCCCAGGGGGGGUUCUAGAACGACAUCUAUGAUGUGUUAUUAAAGAGGAAAAGAUGCCCAGAGGGGGUUCUAGAACGACAUCUAUGAUGUGUUAUUAAAGAGGAAAAGAUGCCCAGAGGGGGUUCUAGAACGACAUCUAUGAUGUGUUAUUAAAGAGGAAAAGAUGCCCAGAGGGGGUUCUAGAACGACAUCUAUGAUGUGUUUUUAAAGAGGAAAAGAUGCCCAGAGGGGGUUCUAGAACGACAUCUAUGAUGUGUUAUUAAAGAGGAAAAGAUGCCCAGAGGGGGUUCUAGAACGACAUCUAUGAUGUGUUAUUAAAGAGGAAAAGAUGCCCAGAGGGGGUUCUAGAACGACAUCUAUGAUGUGUUAUUAAAGAGGAAAAGAUGCCCAGAGGGGGUUCUAGAACGACAUCUAUGAUGUGUUUUUAAAGAGGAAAAGAUGCCCAGGGGGGGUUCUAGAAUGACAUCUAUGAUGUGUUUUAAAGAGGAAAAGAUGCCCAGAGGGGGUUCUAGAACGACAUCUAUGAUGUGUUUUUAAAGACGAAAAGAUGCCCAGAGGGGGUUCUAGAACGACAUCUAUGAUGUGUUUUUAAAGAGGAAAGAUGCCCAGAGGGGUUCUAGAACGACACAAGCUUGUUAACACGCAAGCUACUGAAAUCUGAUGUUUUUUCCCCCCCAAGUGGGUUGGCAAGGGUGAAUGCUGGAACUAGUGUUAAAAAGAUCAUGUACCUAACAAUGGAACAGGUUGUUGAGUUGAAAUGAAUGUGAUCUCCAGAUUUAUGUUCCUUAAUUUGACAAACAACAGUAUCCUAAGAGUACUAAUUGAUGCGGUGCUUAUAAAAUGGGUGUGUUUAAAAAUAAAAUAAUAAUAAUAAUAAU